CUUCGCUAGUAGCUUGCACUUUUAACUCCCCGCACUUAAAUUUAGCAACUGUAGCUCGCCAAUCAAAACCCAAUCCAAUCUUUCUUAAACCCUAACACUUCUCUCUCUAACCCUAAAAAGCAACCAUGCGACACCAAUGGCGCUUGCUUCUACGACCUCACCACAUUCUUCGAUCUCAGCUUCCCAAUACCACUCACUCGUCCUCGCAUUUCCAGGUACUCUCCAAUCCCAAUCUCAAUCUUCCACCAUUUCGUUCUCUCGCGUCACUCUUUCACACCACUGUCUCACAAAAACCCCAAUUCAUAAACCCUAGAGACGCCAUUUCUCGUAGGUUCUCGUCUGAGCCCGAACAAGCCAUUGAAGAGAAAGACACGGAUCACACUCACUUAGUUGUAGCUGAUAUUUUUGCGAAACCUACUGUGGGUGUGGAUGAUAUUAGGAAAGAGUUAGAGCUGAACAGUGUUGUGAUUAGUCAUGAAUUGGUGUUGAGGGUUCUGGGGAACCUCGAAUCGAGCCCCGAUGUGGCGAAGCGGUUUUUCGAUUGGGUUUUGGAGAGUUAUGGUCAGAAACUCAGCUCUAAAUCAUAUAAUUUGAUGCUGGGGAUUCUGGGUGUUAAUGGGUUUGUUAAGGAGUUUUGGGAUUUGGUUGAGGUUAUGAACAAAAAGGGGUAUGGGAUAUCCAAGGGCGUGCAAAAUAAGGUCUUGGAGAGGUUCCAAAAGGAUGGGUUGGGUGGUGAUGUUGGAAAAUUGAGGGCUGUGUAUGACUCUGGAUCGGUGGAUAAUGCGGUGGAGAAGGUUUGUUCCAAGUUGUGUAAGAUAGUUAGGAGUGAAGUGUGGAGUGAUGAUGUUGAAAGGCAGAUACGGGAAUUAGGUAUUGAGUAUUCAAGUGAUGUGGUUAAGAUGGUAUUGGAAAAUGUUGGUGUGGAGCCAACUAAAGCAUUGAUUUUCUUUAGAUGGGUGGAGGAGAGUGGGUUGUUUAAGCACGAUGAGCGGACUUAUAAUGCUAUGGCCAAGGUGUUGGGGCGGGAAGAUUGUAUCGAUAGGUUUUGGAAAGUUGUUGAUGAGAUGAGAAGCAAUGGGUAUGAUAUGGAGGAGGAGACAUUUGUUAAGGUGUUGGGGCGGUUUUGUAAGAGGAAAAUGAUUAAGGAUGCUGUGGAUUUGUAUGAUUUUUCCAUGGCUGGUGCAAAUAAGCCUUCCGAGGAUUGUUGUGUCUUUCUAUUGAGGAAAGUAGCAGUUGGUAAACAAUUGGAUAUGGGUCUUUUUUCGAGGGUUGUGAGGAUUUUUACCGAGAGCGGGAAUUUGUUGACAAAUUCUAUGCUUGGUGCAGUUUUUAAGUCAUUAACCAGUGUUGGUAGACUUGGUGAGUGCAAUAAGGUUUUGAAAGCAAUGAAAGAAGGUGGGUUUGUGGCUAAUGGUCAUUUACAGAGUAAAAUUGCAUUUCAGCUUAGUAGCACUGGUAAAAAGGAUGAGGCAAGUGAACUUUUGGAGAAUAUGGAAGCAUCUGGGUCCACUCUAGAUCAUAGGACAUGGGCAUCUUUCAUUGAGGGGCAUUGUGUAGCUGGGGAUUUUGACAAGGCUUCUGAUUGUUUCAAACAGAUGGUUGAAAAAGAGGGAGUUUCUUCUGCUGGUUAUGCAUUCCACAUUUUGGUAAACGCUUAUUGCCAAAAAAACAGGGCAAUAGAGGCAUGCACGCUUCUUGUUGGGCUGGUGAAUGUUGAACAGUUGAAGCCCUGGCAUACUACAUAUAAAGAAUUGAUAAGUAAGUUGUUGGUUCGGGGUGGGUUUCAAAAUGCUUUAAGUCUUUUGGUUUUGAUGAAAAAUCAAGGGUUCCCACCCUUUGUGGAUCCAUUUAUUGAGUAUGUAUCGAAGUCUGGAACUGGUGAUGAUGCUAUCAACUUUUUGAAGGAAAUGACUUCAAAGAGGUUUCCAGCAACAUCCAUGUUUCUCCGUACAUUUGAAGCCUUCUUCAAGGCUGGAAGGCAUUUUGAAGCUCAAAAUUUCCUUUCCAAAUGCCCAGUCUACAUUCGUAACCAUGCUGAUGUCUUGAAUCUCUUUUAUUCCAUGAAAUCUAGAAAAGGUUCUUCUGCCACUAAUGUGGCUGCAUAGGCUUUUUGGCUGUUUUUCCUUUUGUUUCAUGUCAGAUUAAUGUAUUAUGAUAUUUCUUCAAGAAAUUUUGGUAUGCAUAUUUUGUUCUCUUUCAUCCAAAAUUAUUGACUAUUGUGGCAUCAUAAGCUUUUUGUGGCUAAUAAAAUAUAUGGUUAUUUGACUUUCCUGACA